AUGCACCACUUUUUCAAAGGCCAGUUUUUCGACUUCGAAACGUGCCGCAUUCUCGGCACCGCAGUCUAUGGCGGAGCCGACGUGGCCGAGGUGCUAGAAGCCGUCGGCCAGAUCAGAGAUGGCGACCCGGUCAGCUGGGGCCGGGCCUGGGCGAUACAAGCCGAGCGCGCCCUCGUACUCGCCGAGGAGGCGUGCAAGAGUGGCGACCGCACCGCGGCCCGCGACGCAUACCUGCGCGGCUCCAAUUACACCCGCGCCAGCGGCUACAUGCUCACCGGGGAGGGCCCGAACCGCCCCGAUCCAAGGUCGAGGGAGAUCGUCGAGCGUGUGCAAGCAAUCUUCCGCAAGGCCGCCGCUCUGUUCGACCAUCCCGUCCAAUUUCUCAAGAUUCCCUUUGAGGGCGGCCUGAAGCUACCGUGCACCCUGUACCUGCCCCCGCCGGACAGACGCCUCCCGGGAAAGAUCCCCAUCCUGAUCAGCGGCGGAGGCGCCGACGCCCUGCAGGAAGAGCUGUACUACAUGCAUCCCUCCGCCGGCCCCGAUCUGGGAUAUGCCGUUUUGACCUUUGAGGGACCCGGGCAGGGCGUCAUGCUCCGAAAGCACGACGCCAAGAUGCGCCCCGACUGGGAGGCCGUCGCGGGUGCGGUGAUCGACUUUCUCGAAGAGCUCGCCCGAUCCCAGCCAGACUUGGACCUCGACACCUCGCGCAUCGCCUUCUCUGGCUGCUCGCUGGGCGGGUACUUUGCCCUGCGCGCCGCGGCAGACCCACGCGUCAAGGCGUGCGUGUCCCUGGACCCACUGUAUUCCUUUUGGGAUUUCGCCAUGGAGCACGUAUCCCCCACGUUUAUCAACGCGUGGGAGGCCGGCUGGCUCAAGGAUGGCGCGGUGGACGCCGUGGUGCGCAUGAUGAUGGCCAUGUCGUUCCAGAUGCGGUGGGAGCUGAGCAUAGCGGGGACCUUUUUUGGUCAAACGUCGCCGGCACGCAUCAUGAAGGAGAUGAAGAAGUUCUCGCUGGCCGGCGGCCAGCUGAGGCGCGUCCAGUGUCCCGUCUUGGUGUCGGGAGCCUCCCACUCGCUCUACCUGGAGGGGAACCACCACACCAUGCGCAUCUACAACGAGUUGGUGAACCACACGAAAGGGGACAAGCAGCUGUGGUUGACCGCAACCCCGGGACAGGGGUCGCUGCAGGCCAAAAUGGGAGCCUUGCGCUUGGCCAACCAGAAAACAUUCAAAUUCCUCGAUGAGCACUUUGGAAUUGAGCGGCCCCAGCUUUAG